UUACGUGCAAACGGGAUUAGGGCCGGUGAGAGUGAACGAGGAGCACAUCCUCCGCCGUUAGUCCUCUGUUGUCGUCGUAGAAGAAAUUCGAGAAAAUGUCUCCGUACCGGGAAACAAACAGGAGCUAACGGCUGAAACUCGACCGUUGGAUGUGAAGUUUAAAAGUUUCUGACGGUUGUUCGUGAGUUGCGGGGAUAAACCUCCGGGAGGGACAGGUGUCUUUAGUCCGUAUCCUCUUCAUCCCCUAGGGGCUAGGACUUUUACUUUUUUUAUUUUGUACAAAGCUGGACUUUUCUGAGCCAUGUUGUGGACAAGGUGGCUCGUCCUGCUGCUCUGCUGGGGGGCCACAGCAGAGCAGCAGGUGGAUGAGAGGGACGGGACCCCAGUGGAGGCCCGGGCGGAAUCGCAGAGACAGCGGUCCCCGCCUCCGGUAGAGCCGCUGAAUUUUGGGUUUGUACCGGCUGCGGUUUAUGAUACCCACGCUUACUUUGAACCAGGACCUAUUGGGCUCCUCUUCCACAUGGUCCACGCUUUUCUCUACGUUGUUCAGCCGAACCCCUUUCCUAAAGAUCUGAUUGUUAAAGUCAUUCAACAAAACAUGGGAGGAAUCAAAAUAGAAGAAUGGAGAAAGCCAGACAAUGUGGUGCUGUUACUACAGACGAUCUACUACGAGUCGGGCUUCCUCAUAUGUGCGACCUUCGGCAUCCUGUUUGUGGUCCUGGUGCCCAUCAUAGGCUUGUGUUUCUGUGUGUGUCGCUGCUGUGAGAACUGCGGAGGGGAGAUGCACCAGAGACAAAGGAAAAACGUCGACUGUCAGAGAGGUUUCUACACCGCCUCACUCAUCGCCACCUCCAUCUUCAUCUCUGUGGGAGUGCUCAUCGCCUACGCUGCCAACCAUAACGUCAGCGCCCAGAUUAAGAACACUCGGAGGUUAAUAAACACCAACAUGAGAGACCUGAGGACGUUUGCUAACAACACACCUGCUCAAAUUGAUUACUUGACAGCCCAGUACACCACAGCGAAGAACAAAGUCCUGUCAGACCUCGACAACAUUGGACCUUUGCUUGGUGGGAGGAUCCACAGUCAGCUGGAGAGAGAGGUGGUUCCCUCACUGGACAAUGCGCUGCGGAUGGCAGGAGCUAAAGUUGAGAAUGCCAUCAAAGCCAUGCGGGAGACCAAAGAGGCUCUGGAGAGCGUCAGCUCCUCUCUGGAGGUUCUUCAGGAGGGAACGGCCAAACUUCAGGCCAGUCUAUCCGGGGAGCGGGCCUCUCUUUCUAACACCUUAUCAGACCCUGCCUGCACUAAUGGAGCUGUGUCUCCCACCUGUAACACCAUCCGCUCCACGCUCGCCCAGCUGGGAAUCAGCUCAGACUACUCUAAGCUGCCAGAUGUUAAUCACGCCCUGGUCAAUGUCAAUACUGUCCUGAGAACCGACCUCAGCAACAUCGUACAAAAGGGUUACUCAUCCUUUAAUGAUACACCACAGCUGGUUAAAGAACAAACUAAAAACAUUGUCUCAGGAGUGAAGGGCAUGUUGGAUAAGAUUGGCACAGAGAUCAACGGCUUCGCCAAGAUGUUCACAGUGGAAGCUUCUCUCUCCAAUUUCACCAUUUUCCUCAACCAAGGACAGAAAAAUAUUGAAUCCUAUUACCCACAGGUUGACCAAAUUGACUUUUACAGGUGGAUCGGCUGCGUGGCAGUGCUCUGCAUAGUAGUCUUGGUCCUGGCCUUUAACACCCUCGGACUGCUGUGUGGCGUCUGCGGCUACGACCAGCAGGCUACACCAACAACACGAGGCUGCCUAUCAAACACCGGGGGCAACCUGCUAAUGGCUGGAGUUGGCUUCUCUUUUAUCUCCGUCUGGGUGCUGAUGGCCAUUGUGACAUCUUUGUUUGUUGUCGGUGGCAACGUAGAGAAGAUGGUGUGUGAACCCCUCGCCAACCGACAGCUGUUCAAGAUCAUAGACACACCAUUCCUGGUUCAUCCUGCCAAGAAGAACUUCCUUCCUGGGAUGCUGUUUCAGAAUCCAAACAUUGACUUGACUUUGGGAAGCAUGUACAGGGACUGCUAUGAGAAUAGCGGUCUGUACCACUCUCUGCAGCUGGAGACCAUGUUCAACAUCAACUCCUUCCUCAACAGAACUGUGUACAACAAGGAUCUGGCCAAGGUGUUAGAGGGUGUGCAAGUGGACCUGCAGGACGUCAUGCUGCUGGAGCAGGCUGGCAGAGACAACCUCAUUAACUUUGCCAACUCUGGAAUUGGACAUAUCAACUAUGAAGCCUACCUGACUGAGGUAAAUAAAGGAGUAACUAUGGUGGAUCUCCUGUCUUUCUCUACUGACCUGGAGGCUCAGGCCGACCAACUGCCGCGGGGCGCUCUGGAGAACGCACUGAAAGGACACGCCAGCAGUAUCAGACAGAUUCACAGAGAUCAGGUGGUUCCAAUGGAGCAAGCAAUGAAAUAUGUGAAAGCACGGAGCACACUAAGUCAGAGCAUCAAGCAGCUGCAGAGGAUGUCCAACGACCUGCCGGUUAAGGCCACGAAUAUCCUGAGUGCCAUCGAUGCAGCAGAGUACCUCAUCACUCAUAACGCCUCCCAUGUGGUGAAAAGGGAAACCAAGGGCUACACAGAGAGCUUGGUGGGAUACUUCAAACAGUACACAGCGUGGGUUAAAAACUCGUUGAGUUCAGAGGUGGCACAGUGUAAACCCAUCAGUAACAUUGUGGACAGCAUGGAGAUUGUAGGCUGCAGCUUCAUAGUGGAUUCACUGAACACUUUCUGGUUUGGUCUGGGAGGCUGCUGUGUGUUUCUGAUUCCCAGUAUCAUCGUUUCUGUUAAACUGGCCAAGUAUUACAGAAGGAUGGACACAGAGGACGUCUUUGAAGAUAGCUCUCCCUAUUCCAACACUCUGACCCGGUUCCCUCGGGCCUCUGCUCCUCCGAGCUACGCCGACUGGGAUGGAACUCCUUGAUGAGCGGACAAGAGGGCUGGAACUGAAAUUCCCCUCGAGGAUCGCUGGACAUUCCAGUACUUUCCAUUCAGAUCUUAUAACACCUCAGAAGACAAAAAGGAAGAACAACAAUUAGGAACUGUGUGGUGAGGGCGUCCCACCCCAGUGAACCUUCAAGCCAUUGGACAAGGACCUCAGAUGCCAGCCAACUGUAUUUAUUACGUGUUAUUUCAUUCACAUCAGCACCACAGCCGUCCGUCUAGUGUGUCAUAUCGUACAUCAUCAACUAUCACAGAAAUGUUCCUGCAUAGCUAGUUUUUCCUGUAGAGAAUACAUUUGUUUGUACCUACAUUAUCACCUUUACCACGGUGACAAACGUGUACAUUUUUUUACACUUUCAACACUUUUGAAAGUUUUAUAUAUUUUUGUUAAUGUUUGUUUUAUAACACAUGAGUAGCUUUUUUGUAGGGGUAGCUUUUUCUUUUCUUUGUCAAUAUUUGUAAUGUAGCUUGAAUUGUUUGCUCGACAAGUUGCAACGACCCCCCAAAAAAAAUCAUUGAUUUGCUUUGUUGUUGAGAGUUAGGUACAAAUAUUGUACUCUCGUGUCUUUAAGUUGAAAGCCAGGAUCCAGUAAGAAAAGCAAUUGAUUUCGUCAUGAAUGAAACCACUAAUAUGGCUAAAAAGAUAUAUUUUCAUGGGGGUAAUGUGCUGGACUCGGGGGAAGACUGAUCCAUAUCCCUCGCAGAGAACGCUAGUCAAAUAUGAGAUAUGAAGGGGGUCAUUGGAGUUUGCCCAUCCGGUCUACAUUGGUUUUACAGACUUUUCUGGAGAAGGCUCCCGACCAUGUCCCCCGACUAGAACUAGUUGGUUGUUCUGCUGGAAUAGGAAGUAAAGUCAAAACCCGUUUCCAGUCUAGCCCUGUGAUUUAGAUUCUUCCCAAAAUUGAUGUAAUGAGCUUCAGAGGACAUAGUAUGUGGAGGUUGCUCCACUGGUCAAAGCCAGGCUAACAGUCUUUUUGCCAAGCUAAGCUAACUGUGUCAAUGGUGGAGCUUCAGGGCUGGUAUACAGAGACGCGACUGAUAUUGAUCUUCUCAACUAACUUUCAGCAAGAAAGCAAAAUAAAGUUCCUUUCCUUUGAACAGUGACGGUGGAAACUGGCAGUUCUUAAUUAAAAACCUUGAGACAUGAAGACAUCAGUCCAGAAUUAACCAUGGUCCAUCAGGAGGUAAAGACUUUCUAGUUUUUUUCAAAAGACACAUGAGUUACAUACCCAGCAAGGUUUAAAGACAAUCCAAAUAUUGUGUCUCCAUUUUUCAACAGACCAUUAGAGACCACUAGUUGCUUGUGUUUUUUUUUUUCUUUACCAUUCUGGGGUUGUAAUAAUACAACUCCCAGAAGCCUCCUUGGUGUAAGAGGCCUGUUUGAGGAACAAAGCAUACACAAAAAUGCUAUAAUACAGCUGGAGUUUGUGGUGAAGACGCAAA